CGGCAGCUUCCGUGAUUGGCUGAGCGAAACAUCUCUCAACUCUCCCGCCCCCUCACGUCCCUCCCCCCUACGUCUCCUGUGCCUUAUAAGCGCGCUCGGGAGCCCCGUUGGCCAGACAUGAAUUGAGCUCGGUUUGGGGCUGCGAAUCAAAGCUCGCGAACGUGGCUGCUGCGACCCGAGUCCUCCCACCCGCCCGGCUUGGACCAGCGGGGCGGGGAGCGGCGCGCCUGCCGCUACCUUCUCCCGCAAGCCGUUUGGCGGAGCGUCGGUGGGAAGGAACGGGAUCUGAGGCGCCUCACGCCCCUAGGGCGCGCAUCUCCAUCGGGGCUCCAAAGCACCGGCGCGCUCCCCUUCCCUUCCUUUCCCUGCUAAGCCUUAAUGCCCGGCUGCGGGAUUGCGCCUCCUGCCACCCGAGCCCUGAAGCCGCCUAGAGGAGCCGAGGAGGCUGCCAAGCCGGCGAAAGUGGCGGCGGCUCCUCCUGCAGCGCCCAGCCGGGACUUGGAAAUGCGCGCCGCCGCCUCUUCGUCGCUGCCCGCGGCGGUGCGGGGCGCGCUGGAGCUGGCGGAAGCCCGGCGGCGGCUGCUGGAGGCGGAGGGCCGGCGGCACCUGGUCUCGGAGCUGGAGAGCCGCGUCCAGCACCUGCACCGCGUCUUCCUCGAGGCCGAGCUGCGCAUGGCCACCCGAGCCGAGACGCUCGGCCGCCUGGGCAGCGGCGUGGCUCAAACCGAGCUUCACCUCACUGCGCACGGGCAGCGCCUGAAGAAGACCGCCAGGCGUUACAAAAAGGCCCGCCCGCCCGCCUUGCUGGCCUCGGCGCUGGCUCUCAGCAGCUGCGUGCCUUGGGCUGCCUGCCGGAUGAGGCGAGGGGGCGGCCCGGAGCCGCCGGAAUCCCCGUUCCGCAGGAGUUUGCCGGCCGCCGCGGCUUUGAGCCCGCCGGAACGGAGCGAGACGGAGCCGAGGAAGAGCAACGGCGCCGCUUCGUGAGCCCCAGCCGGCAGGGAAAGACUAGAAGACCUCCGAGGUCCCUUUCCAGCUCUCUUCUGAUUGAUUGAUUGAUUGAUUGAUUGAUUGACGUGUAGCGCGCAAAACCUGGGACGGUCCCGAUCCUGAAGGGGAAAAGGGAAACUGCUGGAAAUGGGGACCGUGAGGCGGCGGCUGGUCCUCCCUUCGAUGCUCGUGACUCUCGCCGCAUUAACCGGUGGCCGCUAGACUGCCGCAUCUCCCUCGGACUGGCUUCUGCCCAGCCUGUGAGACUUUGCUAAACUCGAGUUUGAUAGAUUGGGGGGAGGGGCUGUUUCAAUCACAGCUUUGGUUUAUGCUACACAUCAAGCCAACAUAUUAAGCCAGCAUCUAGUGAUUUGGCCAUGGCACCUUCUAUGAAUACCACAGUUGCGUUUUGUUGACUCACGGUUAAGCGUCCUUGUGUGAAUUCAGCAAACUUGAUAGGGUUGGAGAGAAAUGUUUUAUAACCUACAGGGACAUCAGUAAUUUUCAUAUUAUCCAUAAAUUAUGGAAUUAAUAAUCGGGUGUAUUUGGAAUGAAGGUCCUGAAAUGAAAUGCAGAGCAUAUAUUUUAGGGGGGGAAAAAACCCCCUUCCAAUUAUUUUUCAAUAUAAUUCUUUUAAAAUAAUAUUGCGAUUGAAAUUCCUGUUGUAUCUAAAUUUUCUACCUAGAGGAGAUGCUUGCCAGCUGACAUGAAUGCCAAGGUUCAUCUGCCCAGCUUGACAUGUUAAAAUUAUUUUAACCAUUUUUGCAAUAUUCUGCACUUGAGUUAACAUUUUUAAUGCAGAGGAUUGAUGAUGUCCAAAAAAGCAGUAAUCAUUCUCUCUUUUUUUAAAAAAAAAAAAAAGCUAGGUCAGUUCAUGUCCAUACAAUUGUCAACCUUAUCUUGUAAUUCUGUCAACAAAACUUAAAAGGAACAUAUGCCCUAAAGUUAGUUCAGGCAUAAACAAAAUAUUUUAGUAAAUUGAUAUGUUCUCUCUCUCUCUCUCUCUCUCUCUCUCUCUCUCUCUCUCUCUCUCUCUCUCUCUCUCUCACACACACACACACACACACACACACACACACACACACACACACACA